AUGGUAGAACGUUUUCACCGGGUCCUUAAAGCAGCACUAAAAUGCCAUGCAUUAAAAAACAAGGAGUGGGUUGACGCCCUACCUAUCGUGUUGUUGGGCAUCCGAACAGCAGUUAAAGAAGAUCUACAAGCUUCAGCAGCCGAAUUAGUUUAUGGAUCGACACUGCGCGUACCCGGUGAUUUUUUCAACCAAACAUCGAUCGAGGAAUUAAAUCCAUCAACAGAUUUUGUCAAUCAAAUCAAGCAACAUAUGCAACAGCUCGUACCCAAACAACCUAAACACCACAACAAUAAUACCAAUAGGCUGAAGCCAGCAUACAUUCACAACGAUUUACAACAGCAAGAAAAUGCACAAAAAUCACCUGGUACACCUGCGCAAAAUCUACCCGAAGCGUCAGGAAGUACUGAAUCAACAGCUGGUAUACCUGCAUCAAGUCAAAUCGAACCGUCAAAAAACAACGAAGCAAAUGCUCAGCGUGUUACACGUUCAGGACGUCGAGUACAUUUCCCAGCUCGUUUCGAAGACUAA